AUGGGGGAUUUCAACAACGUACUAAAUGGGAACGAGAGGGUGGGCAGCCCUGUAACAGCUGCUGAAACCAAGGAUUUCAAACGAUGUGUUGAUAUAUGUAGAUUACAAGAUCUCAAGUCAUCUGGCUCAUUCUACACCUGGAACAAUAAACAUGGAGAGUCCACGAGAGUCUACAGCAGGAUUGAUAGAGCACUUGUGAAUGGCGAGUGGAUCACUAGUCUUCCUGCCUCGGAAGUGCACUUUGCUAAUGAAGGACUCUUUGAUCACUGUCCGGGUAUGAUAAAUUGGGAGACUGGUAUGCCUAACAAGGCUACUAGUUUCAAAUACUUUAAUAUGUGGAGUUUGGCUCCAGGCUUCCAAGAUACUGUGAAGCAAAGCUGGGAGCAACCCAUCACAGGCACAAGAAUGUAUCAAGUAGUGGGUAAAUUGAAUAGGGUAAAGGCAGUGCUGAGAAAGAUCAACAGAGAAAGCUUCCAUGAAGUCGAAAAGAGCACUGAGCAGGCUCGGGAGAAACUACUACACUGUCAAACCAGCCUACAACAACGGCUGCGGAUCGAUGCGCGAUAA